AUGGAACCAAGAAUUGAUUUUCAAGUUUUGUCAUUCUUCAAAAUUGGUAAUAGAAAGAUUAAAUACAACUGCAUCAAAGAAAUCUACUGGCAAGCUCCUGAAACAGAUUUUACUCUGUAUUGUUGUGCUGGUGUAUCAUUUGGAGAUCCAGGUAAAGCUGGUGUUGGGAUUAUUGCUAGAGAUUGCAGAAGUCAGGUAAUUGGUACUCUUACAGGGGGUCUUGGUAUAACUCCUUCUUCCAUUGCAGAUGCAUUUGCUAUAUUAUGUUCUAUUGAAUGGGAUGCUUUUAAUGGAAGUACCAAGGUAAUUAUACAAUCAAGUUCAAAUACUACUAUUGAAAUGUUUAAAAGUGGUGAUAUACCUUGGUACAUCAGAGUAAGAUGGUUAAAAGUGAUUGAUAAGUUUGAGAAAAUGGAAUUAUUACACUGCAUAAAGGAAGUUAAAUUUUCAGCAAUCACAUUAGCAACCAAUGGGGUAGGCUUGAAAGCAGGAGAAAGAAAUAUUCACAUUGGAAGACCCCCUUCUCUUAAGAGGAUUGAGCUGCCAAGAGUGGCUUAUUAUUACUUAUGUUGA